ACCUGCCUCCUCAGUCCGCCGUGGGAGCGCCUCCAGGAGUCUGCGGAGCUCCUCCCGCGCGCUCGCUCGCUCUAGCACACAUACACGACGACAGCUUUCGUACGUACAUACGUUUCGCCGCACAUCAGCGAGAGGUAUAACCUCCGUCGUCGCUCGCAACGCAGGAUCGGACUCGUGCGCGCGCGUGUGAGAAGCCAAGAGAGAGAGAGAGAGAGAGAGAGAGAGAGAGUGCAAGAACAGGACUCAAGAAGAAGUCUCCGCAAGGCUGUGCUAUUCAGAGAACGGCCAGGCCGUCGUCAUCCCCCGCGGCGGCGUCUGUGUGUCCGUGUGUGUCCGUGUGCGCAAGCAGCAGCAGCAGAGAAAGGGAGAGAGAGAGAAGGGUGGAUACCAUCUCGCCCACGCAGAAUCUCUCUCUCUCUCGCUCGCUCGCUACGUAACGCAGACUCGCACGUCGUCUCUUCUUCCUCCUCCUUCUGCCCGACAUCGUCGUCGUCGUCCUGACCUAAGGCCUGUUCUACACAGCGCAGGAGGGGCUGUGUGUAUGUUUGUUGUUUCAUCGGCCUCUGUAGUAGUAAUAUAAGCUAUCGGAGCAGCUGUGCGCGCGGGGAAAGUCAGCAGCGGCGGCGGCGGCGGCAUUCGCGGGGGCGCACCGCACCUCUCUCUCUCUCUCUCUCUCUCUCUCUCUCUCUCUCUCAGUAGCAGCAGCAGCAGCAGCAGCAGCAGUAGUUACAUAGACGUGUGUGCGACAAAGUAUACGUAUACUGGUGCUGCGAUGCUCGGCGGAUGAGAGCUGCGCGAGCCGCGCGCCAGCCAGCCAACCCUGCACGUUAUAGAUAUCUCUCUCAGCAGCAGCGACGACGUUGACGCGGACUCGCCAGGGAUGGCCUCCUCACGACCAUGCCAUGGUGAAGCUGCUCGUCGCACGCGGUGGCUGGCGAUGAUGUGACAAUAAAGUUACCUCCUGAUUCUCUGAUCUCGGGGAUCUCGAGUCCCGCAGUGUCAAUCCAGUGCUUCCUGACAACAAAACAAAAAUCAGAAAAAAAAGUAUCAAAUAAACCUCGAAUCAAGUUGAAUAAUAAUAAUAAUAAUAAUAAUAAUAAUAGUGAAUACAAAAAAAAAGAGAGGAGAAAAACCCGGAGAGCGAGGUAGCGGCGGAGGAAACGGCUGCAGCAGGAUUCGACGAAGCGAGAAAGAGUCGGAAGAAGAUAGGAGAGACGGCGCUUGCUCAGCAGCAGCGGGAAAAAAGGAAGACGAAGACGGAGCUGGGAAAAAAGGAAGAGGAAGCGAAGGCGGCGAGGGCGCGCAAGAGUCGGGAACCGCAGUGCCAAAGGUCGAGAGAGCCAAGCCAAAUAUAUACCACGUAGAUAUAUAUACACAUGCGCGUUACGAGCGCGUACACACUGUGUCAAAGAGAGAGACGGAGCGACUGAGAGCAAAGCCAAAGCGAGUAUACCGCUUUAGCGCAGACUGAUAAAGACGCUUCCAGAUUGAAGAGGAAGGGGGUAGUAGAAGAAGUAGAGAAUAUAUAGAGGCUCGAAAAUGGGCAACAAAUUGUCGUGCAGUUGCGCGCCCCUGAUAAAGAAGGGCUACAGAUACGAGGACUCGCCGUGGCAGGCUAACGCCCGGGGCCGUAUGAGCGGCAGCGGCGAGCGCAGGGGCGAAACUGGUCACUUGCUCAGGUGCGGAAGCUUAAGAGAGCGGAAGAGGUUGUGGGCGGAGGUGUUUCACGUGACGAGCGGCGCCGGCAGCGUGAAAUGGCAGCAGGUCUCGGAGGAUCUCGUGCCGGUCAACAUCGCCUGCAUCCAGGACUCGCCCGAGACCAUUUUCCAUAUCACAGCCUACAACUGCCAGGUCGACAAGAUCCUCGACGUCCGACUCGUUCAGCCUGGAACCCGAAUCGGCCAGGCGUCAGAAUGCUUUGUCUACUGGAAGGACACGAUGACAAACGACACUUGGGGACUGAAUUUCACUUGUCCGAUUGAUGCAAAGCAAUUCCGAGAAUGUGUCUCGCCAUCGUUCAAGAUCUCUCGCAAGGCCUCUUCCUCGUACUCCCUGCGGCUGGAGCCGUUAAACAAGCAGAACAAGGUGAAGACGCGGCGAAAGCCACUGUCGACUCCCGCCUCGCCGAGCAGGUCGUCGCGCGAACCCCAGUGCACAUGUAUGACGACUGAACAGUUAAACCGGCUGCGUCAGGAUCCGAGAUACAGGCCCACUUGCGCAGUUUCAUCGACGCUGCCGAGGAUUGCAAGCCGUUCAGCGGAUGCUGAGAUGAAUGCCCGGGACAAGAUCACGACGGCCACCUCGGCGGCUUCCCUUUACGACAACGUCAAUAACACGAAUGCCAGUGGUGGUGCGGCUGGAGGCGGCCCAGGAGGCAAGGUCCUUAAGAACCAGGACUCGCUUAAGCUGAAAGACAAGCAGCAACAGAGCGAGACUUGUCAGACGACGCCCAAGACCACUAACGUGGCUAUCGGCACGGUAAACGUCGGCUCGCAGAUCGACGUGCCAGAGGAGAAAAAUACAGGCCCAUCGCCGAAGAAGCCGGGCAAGUUGGAAAGACAGGACAGUUCAACUCAGCAGAACGGCCCGGAACGCGAAAGCCUCAAAUCUGAGGGUACGCAGGCGGGUGGUAGUCUCGCUAGCAGAUACCACCAUCGUAAGGACCAACUCCACCACACCAAGUCCGCCGACUAUACCGAGCUCGAGAUGCAGAACGGCAAUAUAUUCAAUAUCAACAACAACAAUCAUGGCGGUGGCCGGCGCAACAAGAGCAAGAGCACCGAUGAUAUGCGCAUCGAGAACGCUCAUCAUCAACAGCAACACGGUGGACCUAUGGGUCCACCAGGCCUUGACCAUCAGACCCUCAAACGCAUGCUCAAACCGAUGUCGAGCAUCGACAGUCCGGUCACCUCGCCCGAAAUGACGCGCAAGCGGCACAUUCACCACGGCUAUCAUUAUCACCCGAACAACAACAACCAGAAGUAUGUUAUGUCCGAGGCAGAGAACGACAACUAUACGCUCGCCUAUCCGCCAAGGCAUCCCUACAACAACAAGUUUCAAAACUCAAGGAGCGUGCACGAAAUGGAUCGACAGUAUUCCGGCGGCCGAGGCCGGAUGUACUUAGAUUUGGAACGUAAUCGGUGCACAGGUGACAUGUCGCCGCCUUCGGACAACCUCGUCUUCGAGAACCACUGCUACGCGACGACGCCGAGCUCCUCGAACGGCAAUUCAGACAUGGAGCAGCCCCAGUCCCACUGCCAGUCGCGUCGCUGCAACAGUCAGGCCUAUCACCAUCAGCCCUCCCAAUCACAGGCGCAGCAGCAACAGCAGCAGGGUCCGCAUGCUGCCUCGACGCCAGGUAGUCCGACCAGUAGGCUGCUACUCGAGUACGAGAUGCAUCUCAGAAACACUCUGGCCAAGGGCAUGGACGCCGAGAGCUACAGUCUCCACACGUUCGAGGCGCUGCUCACCCAGAGUAUGGAGAACCUGGAAUUCGCCGAAAAUAUACCACUUAAUGUUCAACGUACACCUCAUGCAUCAAGAAGACGUCCAAGCGCUAACAACAAAUCAUCGACUUUACCUCAAUCUUACCGAUACUGCAAUGAAAGGCAAAAUAGCAAGGACAGGGAUGGCUACUACAGCGACAGGAAUGAGAUCAUUCGCGAGAAGAGAGAACGUGAGCUUGAUCGUGAUCGAGGAUACUUGAGCGACUACAAUUCAAGAUGCGCCAGCUGUAUUGGAGAGUCAGCGAGAGCCCAGUGGUUCCGGCACUCAGAUGGUUGGCAGUCGGGCAGCUCGACCAUGGGCUCGGCAGCCUCGAGCUCGGCGCCUGGCUAUGGCGGCGGUCAUAAGGGACCCUGGGAUUCGCUACCCUCCCUGCGUCACGAGGGUAGUCUCAACGACAGCGGAUACAAGUCCAAUCGCACCGAUUCCCUCGAACACAGAGGCACAUUCGACCGCCAGGACAGCGUGAGGUCGGAUUACAUGUCGGACCGCGAGAGCAGAUACGGAAUUGUACAACAAGCCUCCCUCGAGAGCACCGACUCGAGGCUCUGCUACUUGACGUCUUCGGAGAUGUCGGACGACGACAGGAUGUCGCUGACCACAGCGGUGAGCGACGACGACGACGGCGAGAGCGUCAUGAACUCGCCCUACCGGGGCAAGCAGACCGGCACAGCUGCGGCAUCCUUCAACUGCACUGGUGCAGUACGCAAAGCAGGGUUCCUGAGCGUGAAGAAGUGGCUGCUGCGCAAGAAACACCAGAUCGAGCUUGCGCGUAAGCGCGGCUGGAAGGGUUACUGGGUCUGUCUGAAGGGCACGACGCUCCUCUUCUACCCGUGCGAGUCGCAGGAAAGCAGAGCCGUCGAGACGGCCCCCAAGCAUCUGAUCAUCGUCGAUGGGGCGAUCAUGCAGCCGAUACCCGAACACCCCAAGAGGGAUUACAUAUUCUGCCUCAGCACCGCUUUCGGCGAUGCCUAUCUCUUUCAAGCUCCGUGUCAAGUGGAGCUGGAGAAUUGGGUGAACAGCAUACAUUCGGCGUGCGCGGCGGCUUUCGCCCGACACCGCGGCAAGACUGGCACCCUUCACCUACUCCAGGAAGAGAUAUUCCGCUUGGACAAGACCAUCGACUCGUGUGACAUUUUGCAGGAUCACAAGAUGAGGCAUAUGGCCGACCUGCAGCAGUCCGUCGUCUCGGACGUCGACACGAAGCAGCAGAUAAACAAUCAAAUUAUACAGUACGAGGAGAACCUCGAGCGGCUGCAUUGCGAGCAGUUCCGUCUUAGGUGCUACAUGGCGAGCUUGCAGAGUGGCGAGCUGCCAAAUCCGAAGAGUUUACUCGCCCACGUUUCACGAGCAACGAAGCAGACCCUGAACAAACUGGGCGUGUUUACGGUAUCGUCGUUCCAUGCGUUCAUCUGUGCCCGCAGUCCCUCGCUGCUGAACAACUUGCUGGCAGGUCGCGGCGCGACCAAACGCCGGCCACUGCUGCUCUCACGAUCCAACAGCGGCUCCAGCAGACGCUCGCUACAGAUAUCCUCCAGGGACGAGGAGAAGAACGUCAAAGUCACUGUACCUGAGAAUCAACUUGUGUCGGUAUUCCUGCGGGACGGAAUGACCGUCGAGGAGUUCCUGGUCAGCGCGUGCAGCAGAAAAGGAUUGAACGCGAUGGAGCACUUUGUGCGCGUUAAAAAGCGCCGAGAUAUGGAGGAUCACAACUACUUCGUGCCACACCGGGCUGACCUCAUCGAGACCUACCUACACACGCACGAAGUCGUCGAGGUCUGCGCGAAAAUACUCUACCAAGUGGAGCUGCAGAGGAAUACACUGGAUCAGAUGUGGGGAUUCUCGGUGGAGGCUGAACUCAUUGAAAACGCUGAUCGACAGGACGAGCUAUGCUGUUACGUCAGCAGAGUCGAAGACAAGAGCGUGGCGAUGCAGAACGGCAUAAUCAAGGGCGACGAGAUCAUGGUGAUAAACGGAGCGAUCGUGAGCGACCUGGACAUGAUGUACUUGGAGAGCGUGCUUCAGGAAGAGCAGGCGCUCUGCAUGAUGAUGCGCUCGUCGCGCACCGAGCCACCCGAUCUCAGCGGUAUCAUGAGGGUAACCGACGACAUCAUCGAGAGCCUCGUCUGCCCGCCCCCGCCCACGGAUCCGCCCGUCAUCAGCGAGGAGAUGAUCUCCGGCCUGAUCGUUCCAGCACCGGGUUGGAGCAAGGAGGCUCUACCGGACAUGCUUGGUCCGCACAUGGACGGCAGCAAACAGGCGUCGCGAACCAGCUCCUUCGAGAUCGAGAACCUGCUGAAGACGGCGGAACAGGUGACCGGCAUCUGCCGAUCGCCCGGAGAGACUCGCAAAUCCAGCCCGACCGGAAGCGUGCUAAGCUCGCACUCGCAGGUGAUGACACCCAGCCGACAACUCACCGACGCCGAGAAACUCAAGAAGGUCAUCCUCGAGCUCAUCGAGACGGAACGAACAUACGUAAAGAAUUUAAACAAUUUAUUGGAAAACUAUCUGGAACCUUUGAAGCGCGAGACAUUCUUGUCGAACGCCGAGAUAAAUGCCCUGUUCGGCAACAUCCAGGAAAUUGUGACAUUCCAGCGACAAUUUUUGCAAAAUCUCGAUCACGCAAUCGAAAUCGAGGCGGACUUUAACAACUUCGAGCAUCCUAGUCAAUUUAAGGGUGUCCUGUUUUCCAUUGGAAGUGCCUUCUUAUGUUAUGUAAACCACUUCAAGCUCUACAGUUCAUUCUGUGCUAGCCAUUCGAAGGCCCAAAAAGUCUUACACCCGAACGAAGGAAAUCAAGCAUUGCAAGAGUUCCUACAAGCGCGAAAUCCACGACAGCAGCAUUCAUCUACUUUGGAGUCGUACUUGAUCAAACCAAUCCAGAGAAUAUUGAAAUACCCGUUACUACUUCAGCAAUUACGAAACCUUACUGAUGAACGAAGCGAAGAACAUCUACACUUAAUCGAGGCAUUAAAGGGUAUGGAGAAAGUUGCUGAGCAUAUAAAUGAAAUGCAGAGGAUUCACGAGGAAUACGGCGCUAUCUUUGAUCACUUGUUCCGACAGCAUCAGAAAUCUUGCAAACAGCCAAUUGACCUGAGCCCUGGUGAUCUACUUUAUUACGGCGGUGUCGAAUGGUUGAAUAUCUCGGAUUUCCUUGGCAAAAUCAAGAAGGGUUUGGAAUUGCACGCCAUGUGCUUCGUCUUUAAGUCAGCAGUUGUAUUCCUGUGCAAAGAAAAACUCAGGCAAAAGAAGAAGCUGAUGGGCGGCUCAUCGAAGGCCAAUCUACCAAAGACAAAUGCGGGCGACGUUGAGAUAAUCCGCUACCAGGUGCUUAUUCCCGUGACUGAGGUUCAGGUGCGCUCAAGCUCAGCCAAGGAUAUGGAGUCGCAUUUCCUUUGGGAGCUGAUCCAUCUGCGCAGCCAGCUGCAACGCCGCUCCGAGAAGGUCUACGUACUCUCUAACAGCACUAGCGAAUUCCGCAACUCCUUCCUUAAGACGAUACGCCAGAUCAUCCGAGAAUCAGUGCGCAACAUGAGCAUACCAUCAACCAGGUAUGACUUCAUUAAGUCUCAGGCUCUAAGUAGCCACCAGGCGAUGACGAUUUCCCCACGCAUGACGACGAGCCACGGUGACAAGUCCCAGAACGGUGCUCAGGCGCUGCACGCGGUUCCCACGGUUCCUCCAACGCCGCCCAACCUGCCCACAGGUACACUUUCAAAGAAGUCGUUCAAGAGCCAGACCUUGCACUCAGGUCGACGCAAGUUCUCUCAUUCGAAGCAGACUGUUGACCGCGAGUCAUCCGAGGAUAAGGACAUCGAUGAACAGCAUCAUCAACAGAUCCAACAGCAACAGACUUUCCGAACCAGGAGCAAAACUAUUAGCGAUAGUUCUGGGGAAGUAAAGGUUGAAAUGGACUCCGGCACAAAGUCGGAAGGCGAAGAGGACUCGCAAGCCUAUUUAGGCGAGAAAAAGACGAGUCUGGGUCGUACGCCUAACCACUUAACCUUGAGCACUACCUCAACGAUUUCCGCCGGCAGUACCGGGAGCCAAGCGAAACUGAUACAGUCCUCUCACCACCCGGAGCAUUAUCAGCCGGCCGCUAUUAAAGAGCUUGGUUCACCAGUGUGGAAGCCGCGCGAGUUGCCGUCGCUGGGCGAGGCCACCACGUUACCACGCAAGGGCAAAGCUUCGGCUGCCGAGUUCGCGGACGUGAGCUCGAAGCACAGCGCAUCACGAAAGUCCCUCGUAGAGAUCAACAAUUGCGCGCAACAGUCUAACUUUAAUAAUCACGUCUAAGCUUUUUUAGCCAUGCGAACCGACGACGCAGGCCAGGUUAAGACCAAGAUACAUAAGGCAGAACAGCAACAACUGCCGUUAAAAAUAGUAAUCGAGUAACACUGACGAAUGAGUCAUCGAGACAGUUUGAGAAUAAGAUACAAACGCGAGAGCUGGUCUCGCAGUAAACGAGAGGUAAGCAGCGAUCGAAGCGAAAUGACUCAUCCGAAAGACACUGUGUCACGAAAAUUCUACGACGACUAAGAAAAAAAGAUGAGAAGAAAGAAAGGCAACUAUACUAAACUAGCACGGUUGCUGUCCGUGCUAAACGAAGCCGACGAGCGCUUUGUGAAGCUCCUCGCGCUCUUUACGCAUAUAUAGCUGAACUCGUAAAUAACGUUUCUGGGUCUCCGACCGAGCUGAGCCGUGGUCACGCGAACGUGCAAUUAUAUAGGAAGCACCACUGCUCACAAAACAGGUAAUUGAUACAACGACGAUACGACUGUACAAAAAAGAGAAGCGAACUACGAUGAUCACGGGUUCGCAAUCGCGUCGCCCCGCGGAAAUUGUGCUCGGAGAGGAUUUCAGAGAUUUUCGUUCCGGAUGCGUUUUCCUUCGCGUCCUCCUCGGAUGUUUGAGCCGACGAACGAUAGAACGACAAGCGCGUUUCUUGACGGUUAUAUUAUAUACGAUGUAAUAGUGUUUCGACGCACUAAGUAUCAAGAAUAUUUUUCCUCUCGAUACAUUAAAUAUUAUUGUUAUUAAGUGAAUGAAGAUUGAGGGAAAAAUACACACGCGUUAAGAUUUUUAAAGGCUGAAUGAGAGAGCAUGAGUAGGGAGAAACGAAGGUCUCAAGUGCGUCAAAACCCUUUCAAAUACACAGUAGUUCUUAUUCGUUUUCGAAGAAUACCUCACUCUCCGCAGUUAAACUUUACGUUGGAUACCAUUCACGUUUUACACAUACACACACUCCUUUCGUAAGGUUUUUGUAUUUUUUUAAAACGAGAUUUGCGUCGGCAUAAGAAAAAAAAACAAACGGUGCCAAUUAACGUACGAGGGACUGAGAAUAUAAGUCGAUUUUUUACCCGUGUACGCCCUUCCACGUUUUUUGAGAGGUUGCGUCAUACUUUUACUCGAAUCAUGAAUAUAUGUGCACACCGGAAUCUCACGAUAAUAUACAAUCUUUGGUGGUACAACGUUUUUUCGUCGGUCGUUAUAUAAAGGUUUUUAUACAGGGUGUAUUUCUAUUGUAAGGAAAAAAUUAUAUUGCGCGCUUUAGACAUGCUUCAGAGUAUACGAGUUUGCUUCGUUUGUAUAUGAGAUGCAUACGUGCAUUAUUUAUUCCAUACCGAAAAAGAGUCAUGAACAUGCAUACUUAUACAUACGUAUAUAUAAAAAUAAAUAAAUACGAAGGAAUUGGGGUUUUCGAGAAAAUUUUACGCUUCUAUUGUUUACAGCUAUAAAGUAAUGCACAACCAAGCAUUUUUCUCUCGUUAUGGAGCUAUUAUGUCGAAUUACUUUUCUCGUAUUUUGCCAAAUUUUAUCCGUUUCAAAUAUUCAACUAUUAUGCAUUUCUUAUAUAAAUAUAUAUACGCUAUAAGGCUUAGGUAAAAGUACCCUUUUACAAAUUAAUUCAAAUUCUAACCCACUUGAAAGAAGUUAUAUAAGUGUUUAAAAAUACGACAAACGAAUUAACAAAAGCAAUAUAAUUUCUAUCGCAUUAGAAAACGAAUAUUAUCUGCAACUAUCUAGACCAAAAUAGCAAUGACUUUCUUAGAUAACUAUCGUUAAGAGUUCAUAUAGUUAUGACGUUAAAUUUAAUCUCAAGUAUUAAACAAAAGCGCGAAGCUUUAAAAGAGGAAAAACCACAUAAUAAAUCACCAGAUCGCGAAGCGCACUCGUAUCGCAAAAGGCAACAUCGAACGCCUCCUUUUUCUGCUUGCUACGUUUAUAUACUAAUUUUCACCAUGACUUUGACAUUCGUCGCAAGUAUCGUUGUAUUUUUCCCGGGAUUCCAGUGAUCGAAUAUUGAGUAUAAUACGUUAUUAUACACACCGAGCACCAAUCGCCAAUGGCCCUUUAGCGCAGACAGCAACACGAAAACAAAACAAAAUAAUCAACUCUGUAUAUAAUGUAAUAACGAUUAAUGAAUUUAAAUAUUAAUUUAACCACAAGUGAUUGGGUAAACGGAAUCGAGAUUUAUUGACAAAAAUGAGAUUAAAUAAAAAUUAACGACGACGAGUAAACGACUAAGAUUAUUAUAAAAAUUAUAUAUUACAGAGAUAAGUACGUAAUGCUAGCGGUUAAAAUCAAUUAAAACGCCGGAGCACGCGGCGGGCAAUAGUCGAGGUUUCGUGCGGAUCGUCAUGCAGACACGCGCUCGUCAAGAUGCCUGUCGGGAGCGGGAAAUUUGAAUCGAGCGCGUGUAUCCGUGGUCGCUCAAUGUUUGGUAUGAUAUAAGUACGUAAUAUCGCGGCAACGGCUCUCUGCGUGCGAAGGCGUUUCGAGUUUGCAUGGACGACCGUUUCGACAAGGACACAGAUCGUUCGUGAAAACUCACCAUGCUUCAUGAGCUAGGUUGUCUUCCACGGCUUCGAAGUCCAUGCGAUGAAUCGCGCCGAGCCCGAGUGUCCGAGAGGAUGCAUGGAAUUUUAUUUUUAACAUUGCUUAUUGUAUAAACGAUCUGGGACACUCGGGCUGGACGUCGAGGAAACGUUGGGACGCUCGUGACCUGGGAGUGAACGUCGCCCGCGAAGCGCAGUUAGGAAUACGUUGGCCCGAAUCUAGUCGAAAUGAUGCUUAAUGAAAGUGAGUGAGAGAGAGAGAGAGAGAGAGAGAGAGAGAGAGAGAGCGUGAUUAUGCGUGCGUUAGAGAAAAAAGCGAUUAUUGCGAUGGCGAAUUAAAUGAAACUAUGUCUACUGAUGCGCUGGAGAGGCUGAUAUAAAUGAAAUAAUUCGAUAUUAUGCAACUUUGUUAAUGGAUAAUUAAAGGUUACGAAACUAAACGACGAUAUCGAGGGGUUAUACAAUUUGUGUAAAUUAGACGAGAGAAAGUAUCCAAAUAGAUGAUGAUUACCUACAACCAAAAAAUAUAUUAUAUACAAUUAUACAUAUAUAAAUAUAAAUGAAUAAAAAAAAAUAUAUAUAUAUAUAUAUACAUACUCAAAGUAACGAUGUUAUUAUUAGCGUUUUACGCACGGCAUUGUGUACCACGUAAGUCGUAGGCGAAUCGACCGCAUCGAAUUUGCUUGAAACAUAAAAACGGUAAUUAAAAAAAAAAAUCCUCGAGUUUUAAACGAAUCUUUUUGUUACGUUUCGUAGUUUUAACUUUAAAAUCAUGGGAAGGUUUUGUCGAAGCGUAUUGUACAUUAUUUUUAUAGUGUAUUAAGAAGAACGUAUUGAUUGAAAAUCAGUAUUGUUAUACAUAUAGAUGUAUUAUAGAGUAUUAUAUUUUUAGUAAGUACUUUCUCUUGUGUCCCAUAGACUAUAUCCUGUGUUGUUAGAAAAGAGUUUUAAUACAUAUAGUAAACUAAUGAAGUAAGAAAUUAUGAUUUUUAACUAAACAUUUUAUUGUUAGCGUAUAGUUAUAUUUAAAAGAAACAAAAUGUAUUAUCAUACUAGUCGUUGAAAUCGCCAUACGUUGACAGUCGCAACUCGUGAAGUAAAAAAUAUAGGAGCAGAAGGAUUUCGGUUCGACAGAAUGUUAAUCUCAUUAAUAGUUCGGCAAUUAACAAAUAAAAACCUUGUCACGACAAUCAAGAAUGAAUUUUGGUCGGAAGUAGCAAAAAAUAACUAGAUAAUAAACAAUGUAGAGUUUCCACAAACGUAGGCUUAAAUGGAAAACAGGUUUAAAAGCUAACGAAUUCGCGCAAGGUGCUCGGUCUCUAUUUUCAAGCGUUCGAUGCGAUCGUUUUUGCUAUAGUUAUAUUGUAACGCGCAAGUUUAACGCGCGAACACGAUGAAAUGGUACAAAAAAGCGUAAUGCCGUGCGUAAUGAAGAAAAAAAACACAGGAAGUACAUUAACGAGUCUUGUAAGGUUUGAAGAAGUAAGGCGAGCAUCGACGAAGCGGAGGAGAAAAACGUUUUUAAAUUCAAUCGUAAACGAAUUUUCAAAAAGUAUUUAUACACAAAUGAGAACUUGAUUGAUGAAAUGUUAUUAAAGCGAAAAUAGAGUUUUUAAAUUAUUAUACAUACUAUAUAUAUCGACUAGUUGAGAUUAUACGGGAAGUAAAGUGAAAACGAGAAAUCGAAUUUAGUCCUGCUUCUUUGAAUAGCGUUUGCACACUCGUUUCUGUUACAUGUAUGAAAAACUUAUCGAGAGAAGAACAACUGCACUCUAACGAGUACGUUGGAUAAAGAAUAAUGUGAGCGUGAUUGGGGAUGAGAGGCGACAGUGGCUAGGGCGAAACGUCGACUAUUUCAUUAUUGUACAAACAAUAGUUAUAUAUAGGUAUGAACGAAUUGUUAUAUACGAGCGUCUAUUUAAGAAUAUACUUUAUCGUCGUUACAACAAUUGAAAGAUAAUUUAUGUCGAUUGACCAACAAUACUGAAUAGUGCGUUUUGCGACGAGGCCGCUGUAGCUGCUAAUUCCCGUCGAUCGCGCGACGGUAACGACAAUUGUGUAACUGAAAAUACCGAAAUUCUUUCCAACUCUUGUGUACUAUACGCGCGAUUCAAACUUCCUUUCAAUGUAAGACUAUGCGUUAAAUUUGUGAUGAUUUUAACGACGAUAAAUGAAAAAUUUACAUAAAUAAAUAUGUUAUUGAAUUAGAAAUUUUAAACGACUAUUUGUGCUAAAGAGUAAGCUAAAUGCCGACACAGAGAUUAUUCGAUAUUCUAAGAUGAAAGUGCAUAAAUUUAUUCCAUAUUUUAAAGAAACAAACUAAAAGCAUAAACGGAGUGAGAGAUGAAUUAAGAGAAAAUAAAUUCUGCCGCAGUCGAAACAAGAGCAUGUAUCUAAGGAAAAUAACGAAACCGAAAAACCAAGCCGGGAAUGGAUCAUGAUUAACGGGCAAACGCGUUUUGAUUUCAAGCCUAGGCUCGAUCUCGCUGGUGCUUUUCAAAUUUUUACAGGCUCCAUACGCGCAGAAUCCACUACUUGAGUCACGUCGUGAGAAAGAGAGGAAAAAAGAAAAAAGAAGCAAAACUAAAAUAAAAUAAAUAAAAUAAAAAAUAAAAUAAACCGCUCGCUCCACUUCUCGAGAGCCUGUCAAAUUUACUCGCACGUUUAAUAUCGCGCUUCGUUGUGCACCACUCGAUAUCAUCAUCGAUCGACCAGCUUACACUGAAAAGAUCAAUAUAAUAAGUAUAAAAUAAAAGAAUCAUUAUACGUAAAAACACGAAAAGUCCGAGACGCAUGAGAGAAGAAAAACAACAACAUGAUCUUGACAGGACUCGAGCGAACGCGAGCGAAAGCGCAUAUGUGUGUGUUGUGUGUAUUGUAAUGUGCGCGACUGCGAGAGCGAAGAUUAUAAAUGGACACACGAGGCCAUUAGUGCGUAUAAACAAUGUGGUUUAGAUAAGACAAAUUUUAAGAAAUCUUAACUAGAUGUGAGAAAAACGAGCGAGUAAGUAAUCUCGACUCGAAAAAGUGCGAGCGACACGCGCGCUAAGGAUUCGAUGUUAUAAGCAAGUAUACUUAUACUCAUAAGUCAUCGGUUAAGACUUUGACGGCGAAGAGUCGGCAGGAAAAGUCAGUUGAAUAAAACACACUCACACACCUAAAAAAUACACCUACUUAUCUUAAUGAAAAAAAAAAAAAAACAAGAAUAGUCAACAUGCAGGUAUAAAGUAAACGAUUAUAAGAUGAAAAAAAAACACUGAGGACCUUAUGUUGCUCGAAGUAACUCAUUGCAUUUGUCUAUCUGUAUAAAUUUUAUUGUAUAAAUUCUGUAUGGUGGCAUGGCCCGACGCCUGCUUGGUUCUCCUCAUUAUCUAGUGUAUCUACAUCAAUCAAGAAAUAGCACGUGGACAUAUUUGCCGCAUAUAAAGUGCAUACUCAAACUAUCAACUCUAUAAAAGGCGUGUAGCUGACCGGAUACGGAGAACGCGUCGCGCGUCUCGGCGGCAGGCGUCGGAAAAUCAUAGUUGGCCUAGUACCGAGUUUCAUGUUUUUCUCGCCCCGGAGUUGUAUAAGCGAUUUAUUGAAUUAUAUUGACGUCGAAUUAUUGACAUUCUCCCAUAGGAACAAUUUUAUUGAAUAACGAUGAUAUAGGUGAAUUAAAAAUUUUAAAAAGUAACAUAUAAAAAUAAAACAAAACCAAAGUCUUUAUCGCUACCGUUGAGGGAGAGAAGCGGGACGUGAGGCCGUACAUUAUAACGCAUGUGGUUGACGACACAUUUAAGACGAUAUGUGUAGAACAAAAGUAAGUCGUAAGAGACUUUAAAGGAUUGUUUGUACUUUCCGGAGAGACGUGUAUCAAUUUCCAUUCGGUUGUGUUUACAGUAUAGCGAGGGGAUAUGCGAUAGGCAGUAGAAACAUGUGAGAAGAGAAGAAAAAACACAACAAAACAGCAGAAAAAACGCAAUCGACGUAGAGAGGGUUGGGGCGGAGAUUCAAGAAAGGAGAUAAGCUAGUGACGGCAAUUAUGACGAAAAAAAGAGGCGAGAAACUACGCGUGAUGGCGAAAAUAAUAUGCGAGUAACGAGUCUUUCUAGAAUCUCUUCCUUUGAUUUCUUUCGUAUGUUCUUUCCGAAUAAGUAAGGGAAUAAAAGAGGGUUUUACGAAAUCGAAAACCGAGAUGAAUCCUAUAUAAUAUAAUUCACGAUUAUAUAUAAUUAUAUAUAAAUAUUAUAUACAUAAAGAUGAGGAAAUAAAGAAACCAAGGGUGGCGUGUAAUUUUUGCGUUUUACUUAUGUAUAACAAACCUGAGUAGUCGAAACUCUGCCGAGUCUGUCAUUAAAAUUAUGAUCAUUAUUGUAAACGAUUAUUACGCUGUAUUUCUUGUUAUUGCUCCUCGGUUAGAUGGAGACGUCUGAGUGAGGGAUCCAUUUGUACAAUCAUUGCGUCAUUAAAAUAUGAUUACUAAUUACUGCGA